AUAAUGAGUGUUGAAGAAAAAAUAAACGAUUUCACAACUAAUGCAAAUUUGCUUGCAAAUGAUUACUCGCCAUCGAAGUAUGUAAAAUUGAAUGUUGGUGGAUGCUUAUUUCAGACAACAUUACUUACUGACAAUGAUGGUUGGAUAUUAAUAGAUCGAUGUGGCAAGCAUUUUGGCACAAUUCUGAAUUUUUUACGAGAUGGCAGUAUACCGCGUCCAGAUUGUUGUGCUGAAAUCAUGGAACUUAUGGCAGAGGCAAAAUUUUUUCUCAUACAGAAUCUUGUUCAGCAAUGUCAGAAUUGGCUGGAUGUUAUAAAAAAAGAAGAUAUUGAACCAGUUGGUAUUUGUAAAGUUCCUAUUGUUUGUACUAAAAAAGGUUCUGAUCUUAUUGUGAAUAGUACUGCUAAGCCUGUCAUUAAAUUGCUCAUUAAUCGUCAUAAUAAUAAGUAUUCUUAUACGGUACAAUCAGAUGAUAAUUUAAUGAAAAAUCUCGAACUCUUUGAUCGUCUUCUGUUUCGCUUCAAUGAACGUAUUUUAUUCAUUAAAGAUGUUGGCGCUGAAAAUUCUGAAGUUUGCCAGUGGACGUUUUAUGGUCAGAGGCAGAAAAAAGCUGAAGUUAUUAAUUUUUCCAAAAAAAAUUUGAUUUUUUCGUUCAUUUUUAUUUGA